AUGAGUGAUUCGGAUGAUAAUACAUACGACGAUUAUCUCGAAAGUCGCAGAGCUGCUAUUCAAAAGAAGCGGAAACCGGUCGCAGUGUACGAAAGUGAUUCAGACGAUGACUUUCCUGUGAAAAAAACAGAACCCAACAAAAAAAUGCGGAGUUAUGAGCCGAAUGGUGAUUCUGAUGACGACUCAAUUUUCGAGGAAGUUAGAAAUCACGAUGAAGUUAUGACUGAUAAACUGGACAAUCUCGAAGAAGAGUAUCGCAGGGAACUUACGAACUCAAAACAUUCAGUGUUGCAUGUUCAAGGCACAACGAAUGACUAUCUCACGAAAACAAUGGAGAAGGUUGGAGCGUUCCUAGAACCAGAGAAGCAGAUAGAAACAGAAGAUAUUUGUAUUGAUAAGGCAGAUACGAGUUCUACGCAGAAAGAGUCAACAACUGUGAGAGUGGUCAUCAAUGAUUGCGAAUCCCGGAUCAGCAAGAGAAAUUGCCGCGAUAUGGACAUACAUUCGACCUUCGCCGAAGUUCGGAAGGAGCUCUCUCUCAAAUGGAUGUGCCACUUUAACGAGGUUCAUCUCAUGUACAACGGCAAUAGAAUCGGCGAUGUAACACCACACGAACUCGGAAUCGUUCCGUUUCAAGUUCCUCUUCCAGAAUUUGACGCGAUACGGGAAGAGAAAGAAAGACCCUCCAAUGUCAUCUCUCCAAAAGUGAUAACCAUAGAAACAGUGUCUGACGCAAUAUCGAUUAAAGUCCAAAUGAAGAAUCGGAAGAAACCAAUUCAUCUCUCUGUCACAGAAGAAACGACUGUCGAGGAUAUCAUGAAAAAAGUGAUCGAAUCACUAGCUGGCGAUGCUAGCAUUCCAUCUCUCAGCAAGAUGAAGGCAAUGUUCGACGAUGAGUAUUGUGAAAACUCUCAGACAUGCAAAGAUUUGGGUCUCGAAGACGCUGAUUGCAUUGACAUCUACUACUAG